UUGAUUGUUUUGGGUUGCCUUGUGAAGGCAUGUUUCUCCUCUUCGUCGUCCUCCUCUUUAUCACCCGGGCCGCUGCGUUGGACUUCCGUUACCAUGACAACACGGCGAUGAAGGAAUAUCUUCUGCACAUCAACACAACCUCACCUGAGAUCACGCACCUGCACAGCAUAGGGCGGUCUGUGAGAGGUCAGGAGCUGUGGGUAAUGAUCGUUGGUUUGAAUCCCAGGCAGCACACCCUUGGUAUCCCAGAGUUCAACUAUGUAGCCAACAUGCACGGAAAUGAGGUGGUGGGAAGGGAAUUGCUGCUUCAAUUAAUUGACUUCCUGGUGGAAGGUUACCAUAGCAACAGUUCAUCCGUCAAGCGGUUGCUAAGCAGCACCAGAAUUCACUUCCUGCCGUCAAUGAAUCCUGAUGGCUUCGACGACGCAGACACACAAUGCUUACACAACCAGGGGAGGUACAACCACAACGGCGUCGAUCUCAACAGAAACUUUCCUGACGUUUUCUCUGAUCACUCACGGCAGCCAAAACAGCAGAGAGAACCAGAGGUGGAGGCGGUGAUGAGUUGGUUGCGUUCUGAGACGUUCGUGUUGUCUGCUAACCUGCACGGUGGAGCGCUAGUCGCCAGCUAUCCCUAUGACAGUAACCAAGGUAGGGUGCUCGUCGGCGGGGCUAGCGUCACACCUGAUAAUGAUGUUUUCGUCCACCUUGCGAAGGUCUACGCCAGCAGCCACACCUCCAUGCACCAUGGAAACAGUUGCGUUCACAGCAACAAGUUUGCAGAUGGCAUCACUAACGGUUACGAGUGGUAUCCAUUGUCAGGAGGCCUCCAGGACUACAGUUAUCUCCACGCUCAGUGUCUGGACAUCACCUUGGAAGUUUCUUGCUGUAAAUUUCCUGCAGAAGAUCAACUCCAAGACUUCUGGACUGCCAACAGACCGCCUCUCAUUGCCUUCAUACAACAGAUACACCUAGGGGUAAAAGGUCGUGUGUUAGGUUCCUCUGGUCCUCUCCAGGGGGCGCUGGUGGUGGUGUCUGACCGGCUGGAUCGCUGUCCCUUCACAACCGAUCAUAACGGAGAAUACUACCGCCUGCUGUUACCGGGCAACUACACUUUCAUGGUAUCAUUUCCUGGUUACCAGGUUGCCCAGGAGAUGCUCUCCAUCCCCUCCAAUCAGAAAGGCUUCUCAGCCCUGAACCACGACUUCCUGAUGAAGCCAUCAAGCACCGCCCCCGCCAUGAUCUUUCCCCUAUGUGGCCACGCCCACCAACAGGGAGGAGGAGCCACAACCUCCCCCACCCUCUUCUGCAUUCUGCUACUCACACUGCUGCUGCUGGACCUAUAGCACCCUUUAAUGAUCUACUUCACCUCCCUUAAGGGGUUCUACUGGACUAAUGGAACCCUCUAAAAGCCUUUUUAAGUUUCUAUUGAACUUUCCAUAUCAAUACUCUAAACAUGUUACCUCUGACUUUGUGAAAUAUUAAGAACAUGUCUAAUAAAGGUUUCUGUUUAUAUCUA